AACUCUAAUACAAGUCCCUGCCAUCUGCUAUGUCUAUAUAUUCAUUAUGACUUUGAGUAGAGGUACACUGUAUCUUCAAUUUACUUCUUGUUUUCUCAGCUACCUAAACCUCUCUUUGCUUAAUUUGCCGUGAGUUCUGAAAGCUAUGGCAGAAUUUCUGCUCAAUUUUGCUGCUGAGGGAAUACUGACCAAGGUGACUACGCUUGCUGCUCAAGAAUUCACUCUCGUGUUGGGUUUCAAAGGAGAUCUAGCACAACUGCGUGACUCGUUCCUCAAGAUUCAAGCUAUGCUAAGAGAUGUCGAGCAUUCACAAGUUCGCGGGGAGACUGUGGAAUUGUGGGUGAAAGAUCUUGAAGACAUAGCUCAAGAAGCCGAUGAUGUCUUGGAUGAAAUUGGGUAUGAAGUUCUCCGACGCAAAAUAGAACUCCGUAACCAUAUGAAGAAAAAGGUCAAAAAUUUCUUUUCACACAACAAUCCGGUUGCAUUUCGCUUUAAAAUGACACAUAAAAUUAAAAAGAUCAACAAAUCUUUAGUGAAUUUGAAUAAUGAUGCAGCCUCUAUUGGGUUGGUUGCUAGGACAUUAGCAAAUGCAACCUCUCAAGAUGUUGAAGUACUUGACAGGGAAACCGUCUCCAGCUUUGAUAGCAAUGAGAAGCUCAUCAUUGGAAGGGAGGAGGUCGUGUCAGAUGUAGUCAAAACAUUGAUCAAGUCAAACUAUAAUGAAGAAAAUUAUCUUCCGGUCCUGGCUAUUGUGGGAAUGCCUGGUCUAGGUAAGACAACUCUGGCUAAAUCAAUCUAUCAUGAAGCAGAGAUUGAUAGUCACUUCCAUAAAAAAGUAUGGGUGUGUGUAUCCACCCCGUUUGAAGUCAAGACGAUCUUAAGGGGAAUUUUGGAAUCUCUAGAACCAGAGAAAGCCACAAUACAUAGCAAGGAUGCGAUUUGUAAAUUCAUUCGAGAAAAGCUGGAAAAUAAAAGAUACCUUCUAGUGCUUGAUGAUGUUUGGAGAGAAGAUCCAGAGAAAUGGAAAGAAUUGAGGAGUUGUUUGUUAACAUUUAAAGACACUCGAGGAAGCAGCAUCAUUGUCACUACUCGUAGUGACGAAGUUGCAAAAGUCAUGGAGACCCUUCCUAGGCCUGAUUUGAGAAGACUAUCAGAUGACGAAUGUUGGCUUAUAAUCAAGGAUAAAGCAAUAUCAGUUGGGAGUGCUCCUAUGUCCAAAGAGCAGGAGACAAUUGGUAAAGAGAUUGCUAAGAAGUGUGGAGGUUUACCAUUAAUGGCAAAGGUUUUGGGAGAUAUGCUGCGCUCUAAAACAAGUGACGAAUGGGGAUCAAUUGUAAACAAUAAAAUAUGGGAUUCACUAGAAGGAGAAAAGAGAAUUCUUUCAAUUUUGAAGUUGAGUUUUGAUGAAUUGAAACCUCCAUCCUUAAAACAAUGUUUUGCAUAUUGCUCGAUGUUCUCCAAGGAUUUUGAUAUUGAAAAGGAUGACUUGAUCCAACUUUGGAUGGCUCAAGGAUUGCUUCACCCUUGUUCUAACAAAAACCUAGAGAUGGAGGAGAGAGGUAAUGAAUAUUUUAAAAUCCUAUUGGCCAAGUCUUUUUUUCAAGACGUUACAAAGGAUUAUGGGGGUAAUGUUACCAAAUGUAAGAUGCACGAUCUUGUGCAUGAUCUUGCAGAACAUGUAUCAAAAGUGGGGAACUUAUGCUCACUCUUUUCAAAUGGAGAAGUCCUUGAGAGCAACUUACUUAACUUGAAAUCUUUACGUGUCUUAAAUUUAUACAAGGCUGACAUUAUGGAGUUGCCAAUUUCAAUUGGGAAGUUGAAACACUUGAGGUAUUUGAAUGUUUUGAAAACAAGAAUCAAAACAUUUCCCAAAUCAAUCGGCCAGCUUUAUAACCUACAAACAUUGAAAAUACCUUAUCAGCUUGAAGAGUUUCCAGGGGAAAUUGCAAAUUUGAUCAACUUGCGGCACAUUUAUUUUGGUAGAUAUAUGAAAGUUCCAAGUGGGAUACUGGGACGAUUCACUAAUCUCCGGUCAUUACCUUUUCUCAAGGUGGGUAAAGAAACAGGUCCGAGAAUUGAGGAAUUGAGUGGUUUAAACCAGUUGCACAACACCUUGUCUAUUUGUGGACUCGAAAAUGUGGGAGAUGGAGAAGAAGUGCAGAAAGCAAACUUAGUAGAGAAGAAACACAUACGCAAGUUAAUCCUUGGAUGGAAGCUAGGUAGGCCAAGCCACAAUGUGGAGAAUGACGAUGAUGUACUAGAAGGCCUCCGACCACAUUCUAGAUUGGAAUUUUUGGAGAUUCAUGAAUUCAUGGGUGUUAAAUUUCCAUCAUGGUUAUUGCUAGCCAACCAUUUGAAAGAGAUUGAAUUAUUGGGCUGCAACAAAUGUGAAGGAGUCCCAAUACUUGGGCAUUUAGCCAAUCUUAGUUGUGUUAAGAUCAAGGGAAUGGAGAAUCUGACUUGUAUAGGAUCUGAGUUUUAUGGUGAUGACCAUGUCAACUGUGGAAAUGGAUCAAGUAAGGAGGCACAGCCUUUGUUCCCUGCUUUGAAAACAUUGCAUAUUGAGGAUGCACCGAGCCUGAUUGAAUGGAUGGAAGCGCCAGUAGAGAGAGCAAGUAGGGUGUUUCCUUGCCUCGAGGAGCUGACCCUGUCAGGCUGUACAGAAUUGACAAGUGCUCCCAGUCAUUUUCCAUCUCUCAAGAGGUUGAAAAUAGGAGGCAUGAAAAGCGGAGGCAUGCCAAUAGCAAGUAUUCUAAGCAAUCAACUCACCACUCUCACGCAUCUCACGGUAUCGGGUGUGAGUGGACUGACUUGUCUGCCGGAAGGGAUGUUCGAAAACAACAAGAAUCUUGCACAUUUGGAUAUAGAGUUUUGUCCGGAAUUAAUUUGUACUUCUCCCCAAUCACAAGGAUCUGAGUACCGCUGUGCAUCUCCUUCAUAUUUGCGGCUAUUUUAUUGUGAGAAUUUGAGAUAUUUACCUGAUGGGAUACUCACACCUUCUCUUAAAGAGCUGCGGUUGUGCCAUUGUGACAAUUUAGAGUACAUCCCAGAUGCUACACACGGUGGUCUCACAUCCCUUGAAACAUUGAAUGUGUGCUGGUGCUAUAAAAUAACUUCCAUUCCAUUUUCACAAGGCCUCCCAUCUCUUGGUGAAUUAUAUAUAUAUGACUGUCCCGAAUUAUCAAGUCUACCGGGUGGGCUGGAAUUUUGUACCUCUAUUCGGAGUUUGACAGUACAAUUGUGCCCCAAGGUACCAUCCAUUUCAAUCGAAAGUCUGAGUACAUCCCUCCAAGAGUUGUGUGUAAGUAAUCUAGACUCUAUUCCAAUUUCACGAGGAGGCUUCACAUCACUCCGUCAAUUGACAAUCGAUGGCCGCGAAGGUGCACAAAUUGGGCCAGAAUGUUGUGCCUUUCUUCAAAACCUUGUCUCUCUUCAAAAUUUGACGAUACAAAAUUGCCAAAAUCAAGAGACUAUUCCAAUUUCAGACAAGCUCACAUCCCUCCGCAGCUUGAACAUUUCUUUUUGUGAUAAAUUAACAUGUCUACCGGAUGGGUUAGCAGCAUCGUCACAGUCCUGCAGCUUCACCCGUUUGAAGAGAUUGGCAAUUGGUGCUUUCUGCUCGGAGCUCGAUGCAUUCCCAGCUUUUCAGGCUAUACCACAGCUUGAAUCAUUAUGGAUCGCCGGGUGGCCUAAGCUCAAGUCUCUGCCUGAACAAAUUCAACACUUGCCUUCUUUAAGACAUCUGAAAAUAGAGACCUUCAGGGGAGUGGAGGAUAUUCCAGAAUGGUUGGGAAACCUUGCAUCUCUUGAGCACCUGACUAUUUGUUGCUGCGAGAGUCUAGAGUAUCUACCUUCUGUGGAAGCUAUGCAACGCCUCACCAAAUUGAAAGAGAUACGCAUCGUCUACAGUCCCCUUCUAGAAGAAAGAUGCAGGGAGGAGAGCGGCCCAGAGUGGCCUAAGAUUCGUCAUCUUCCAUUCAUCCAGAUUGGAGAUAUAAGAAUCGAGAAUUGACCAACGCAGAGUACAAUAAAUUUCUUAAAGUGACGACAUCGAGGCAAAUAAGGUUCCUAUCUUUGAUUGCUCUCAAUCGGAAAAUGCUUGAGUUACUUGGUGUUUCUUCAAUGCUGCUGGUUGCCUCGAAGUAUGAGGAGAUCACACCUCCACAUGCUGAAGAGUUGUGUUACAUAACAGAUAAACAUGAGGGUGAUUGAUACUUAAGGCCUUGUAGUUUGAUUUGCGCAAUCCUACAAUAAAGACAACUUUAAGGUUUGCAGGAGAUCCAAUAGAGUUGCUGAAGAGAGCGCAAAAGCUUUCCGAAACACCAUAUGGGGAGUGGUUGAGUCAGCUAAACUGAGAAAUCAUUGUUACCGUGGAAGCUGUUGCAUGGAAAAUCUCUCGACAGAUUGCAGCAUACAGGUGGACUCUUCUGACCCUUCAUAUGUGUUGCUCUAGUUGUGGACUAGGUUUUCAUCAUUUUUGGCUCUGUUGUACUAAAAGCAAUUUAUAGCCAUCAAAUGGGACAUCUUUGCAUAGCAACAAUCUGUCUGAUGGAUGAUCGAAACUAGCUAAUUGGUGAAGCAGAUGCUCUGUUGUAUUUGAGAUUAUGGAUGUCAUGUACCCAUAAGCAGUCAUUUGGUGAAGGCCAAAGCAUUCUCAGAGCCAAAAAUAAAAACUAAAAAAUUCAGAGAAGAGGGUCUGUUCCUGUGGAGGGUUACUUGCAUCCAUUUACGUUAUAAGCACUAAGCAAUCCCUUAACUUCAUGAAGUUCCGCACCAAGGCAAGUGGAAAGCACAUAAUGUGAGAAAAUCUAUGACUUAAUGACUCGCCGGCUCACCCACAGGUUUCCUGUCAGCUGACGAAGCUUUUAGUUUGUGCCUCCGAAUUGUCCCCCAAAGUGGUGGUGUAUGAUUAUUGGGCUAACUCUGUUUCCUAUACCCUUUUAAAAUCAUUACUAGCUUGGAAGGAGCUGAAUUGAAAACUCUUAAUGGCUUUCACAAUGCAGCAAGCCAAGAUUUGCUCCCUUUAUUGUCAAUAUUGGGGAUUUGGUUUCUACAGAGCAACUGUUAGCCAUCUAAUCUGAGAUCUUUGGAUGAUAAUCAUGAUAUGGGCUGGAAAGAAACAAUCUAAGAUGAAGCCAGUGUUGAAUUGAACUUUUAAGAUGGUGUUGGUCUCUUUGGUGCCAGCCCAGCUGAGAUGUUCCACUAGAGUUGGGAGCACGUAAGGAUGCCAUUGUUCUUUGAGUUACUGGAUAAAGUUUGGAAACAGGCUCAUCUGUGCUCGUGGAUGCUUCUGCCCAAGCAGAACAACCGGUCAGGAGCGAACAUGUGGGAACAUGCUCCACAUCAGCUUGGCAAACUUAUCAAGGAGCCUCACAUUCACACAUGAUGAGACGUCUGCUCAUGCCUUAGAGCUACUCAUACAUUAAGGAUCUUCAAAUGUUGUAUCACCCUCCAUUCAGCUGCAUUCUUUAUAUAGCUAAACGAUCAUAUAGUGUAAUUAACCAAAUUUAUUUGAUUAUAGUGAAACCACUGGCAAACAACCGUGACGUAGCCCUAAACUCUAGCCGAGUUUUGGGUGAACACGUAAAUCUCCUGUGUUAUUAGAUGUCGUUGUCUUUUACGUUUAAUUUUUAUUGG